AUGCAAGUGUUUCCAGACGACUCACCGAUUGCGGAAGCUGAAUCAUCGACGAAAAGAAAAUCAGCUCCAGAGACUCCAAAUCCACGUGGCAAGGCACCAGAAGCUCCAACGGACUCUAAGCAGCGUAUAGCUCGAAAAUUCCAGAAUUUUCAGCUGCGAAAAUCGAUUUUUUCAGAAAAAACGCCGGCUAUACGUGGAUCGAAGACUUCUGAAUCGUCUUCUGAAUCGCCUGCUCAAAAAACGGCGAAACGACGCGGAAAACCGGCUGAUUCGAAUAGUCUUUUGAAAUCGGUGUUGGGAGGACGCGGAAAAGUGCCAGAUUUGGCUAUGCAGGAGCUGGAAAACGAUCACGAUCCUCGCCAAGUCCGCUACUUGGUGCCAUCAGCAGCGGACCCGAAUCUGGAAGCCGAAGAGGUGGAUGAUGUCCCAGAAGCGAUUUCAGAGGGAAAAUUGGAGAAAACGAUUCCAAUGCCUCCAGAUGCUCAAAAAUCGACAGUUUCAGCUGCAAUUUUAGAGGGAAAGCCGCUGGAAAAUAAUGCGAAAAUUGUGGAAAAUUUGGAUUUGGACACUCCAGAAACCAAAAAAUCGUCGAAUUUUCAGCCAUUUUUUGACGAUUUUUCAGCUAAAAAUCACGAUUCCCCGAUGCGGAAAAUUUCAUCUGAACUUCCAUUUGAGGUGGUUCGGGCUGUUCAAGCUCCAAAUGUUCCAAAAAUUCCAGAUCAAGUGCUCUCGACAGCUNUGAAAGUUCCGCACACCCCAUGGGAUCAUUUGGCUGAAAUUCCAGCGCCAACCACUCCAAAGCCAAAAUCCCGUCAUAGAGUAGUUUUGAAGCUUCCAACGCCGGAGAAGAGUGAGUUUUUGGGUGAACCAACAAACAUUGCCGAUCAUGUAGACGUCUAUUUUGCGAAGAACGACGCGUGGGGCGUCGUUUCUCGAAAUCUGCUGACUACAGUAUCCCCGUAUUUCACACAUUUGCUGGACGACAAUCCACACAAUCGUCUUCAGCUGGACACGAAAUGGGCCGAUUUUCGUCUGUUGUUGGACGUUUUUACGAAUCAUUGCGAGCUAACAGCCGACAAUGUCAAACUGGUUGCUGAGCAAUCGAAAAAAUACAAGUCAAUCCAAGUGGAUCGAAUGGUGGAGGAGUUUUAUAAGAAUUCCAACACCAUCUGA